AUGAAGGCCUUCCUCCUGCUGCUGCUCCUCUGCCUGGCCCUGGGCCUGGCCACCGCCGCCCCGCAAACCCGCGGCCUCAUCACCAACCUGAAAGACGGGGAGCUGUGUCUGCAGAGCUUUCAGUGCAAGAGUAAGUGCUGCCAGCGGGACGUGGGGCUGAACCUGGCUCGCUGUAGCAAGAAGGCGGCCGAGAACAGCGAAUGCUCGCCCAAGACCAUCUAUGACGUCUACCACAAGUGCCCCUGUGAGCAAGGGCUGACCUGCGAGACGGACUGGACCAUCAUCGGUGCGAUCACCAACACCAACUAUGGCAUCUGCCUGGACGACAGCCGCUCCAAGCAGUGA